UCAAAUCAUGAAUAUCGAUGGGCAAUUUGUUUCGAUUCGUUGCAGAAAGGUACAACCCAAACGGAAUCCAGAUCGCCAUCAAAAACACGUGAAUGUAAUCGCCAUGAGAGUGAACAUGAAGAGUAUGAAUCAACGGCUACGCCAGAUUUCGAUUCAUCAUAUAGUCGCUACGAAUCAAUCCGUGAAGCCAGCUCCAACCGGUUCAGACCACACUUAUUAAGAUCGCUAACUUCGUCCGGUAAAUCGACCGUAGAGCCAGUGCUUAGUGGAAGUGCUGCUAAUCGACUGGAGAGAACAAAGUCAUCGUCAGUUGUCUGGGCUUCCGGAUCAACGGCAACUGGCUCGUAUUCACCGAUAGUCGAACAAAUUCUUGGAGGGCGACUGAAAAGAAGACCAAUUCGAGAUCACCGCAAUCGAGUUUCAAGAAGAUCAGAGUCUGAAGAAGAUGAAAAUGAAGUCGUAUCGGGAAAUGAGAGCACCAAGAAUAGCUUGUCAUCGAGUGAAGAAAGCGACGAGGGCUCUGGAAUGGAUUUACGCAGCUCGACACUUUUGCAAUCGAAUGCAUCUGAUACAGGAGCAACGAUGCAACAUCCAGCAGCAUCGAGCAGGCUAUCAAGUUCUAAAGCUUCAUCAAGCUCGGCGUCAACAGGAGUGUAUGAAGUGGAAUCUCAGUCACAUACAUCCCCAUCAUUGUCACCAAUAUUCUCAUCUUCAACUUCGUCGGAUCAUCGCAAAAGCAAUGCAGCCAAACAACUGGAAUCAUACGAUAGCAAUGAUGGUAUCCCGAUCACAAAACGUCGAACUGCUUCACAGGGCUCAUUCUUUGAUCAGGUGCCUUCUCUAUGCAUUGCUCUCGAUGAUUGCAUCACCUGA